GUUCACCAAGUUCAAAACAUUUCAAUUUGACAAGAAUAAGAAAUAAAUAAACGCAUAACGACUAUAUAAAGGAGACUGUAUGAUAUAUAAUUGUUUUCUAAAGGGGCAUUGAACCAAUUUUGCAGUCAUGGAAGAAAAAACAGAUGCCAAAAUUACAGACUUCUUUCCCACAAGCCCCAACCAAACACAGACAGGCUCUGGAGAAAAAAAUGAAAUACCUCCAAUACCUUUUCUCACACCAGAGUCAACACCUACCAAAAAUGAGUCCAGUGCAAGCACUACCAACACAAUAAAAACAAAAAAGUCAAAGGUCAUACCAAAAUAUACAGCAAAAGAAAUAGUUAUCGAUGCUACUGGUGACAAACCUGAACCUUUGGCUGAUGAGCUAUUACAGACACCCCCGGUUGGUAGUACGAAGAAGAAACGAGGGCGCAGGAGAGGAAAGGGAAAAAAGUCCCAGGCACAGACAGAGGAGACAGAUGAACCUACAGAGACCAGACCUACCACCGCACAAAGAAGAAGAAAACCUAAGAAAGAAGAAGCUCCAAGCCACCAGCUGACAGAAUACUUCCAAGUUCGCCGAAGUGAUCGAAGAUUAAAGACUGAUUUUGAGAAACAAAAGAAAGAGAUGUUGGAAGAAGCUAUUCUCUCAGGGUCUGAAGAUGGAUUGAAGGUAGUUGAUUUUGAAGGCAAGGGUCGGGGUGUUGUGUCUUGUAAAGUGUUCCAGAGAGGUGAUUUUGUGGUUGAAUAUCGUGGGAACCUGAUUGACUUGAGUAAAGCCAAAGAGAAGGAGGCUGAAUACUCUCAAAAACCAGACAUUGGCUGCUACAUGUACUACUUCAACUACAAUAAUAAAAACUAUUGCGUUGAUGCCACAGCAGAAAGUGGUAAACUAGGUCGUCUUCUCAAUCACAGUAAAUCAGGCAACUGUAAAACAAAGGUUGUAGGAAUCGACAACAGACCAUACCUGAUCUUAGUUGCUGCCCGAGAUAUAUCUGAAGGGGAGGAACUUCUUUAUGAUUAUGGUGAUCGUAGUAAAGAGGCUAUUGCUGCACAUCCUUGGUUGGCCAAAUGAGGAUACUGUUUUUUGGACAAGUUGGGCAGAUUCGAAACCCCGUUCUUGAGUUAUCUGAGAAUAGUAGUUUUCAUCAUAACCCCAUCACCAGAAGGUCUAAGUAAAACGCUACACCAAGUGUUCGCAAUCAAUACUUUUACUCCUAAGCUCCUCAUAUUUUGGCCAUGCAAAAGAACAGAGUACUGUUCACGAGUGAGCCAGGAACAGGGUUUCAAAUAUCGCCAUUGUGACUGACACUAAAAGUUUGCCGAUUUCAGGAGGGCAUUUCUCGGUUGUAAUCUCUGCCAUGAUGUGUUCACUUUCAAGUGUUUAACUUGUUAAAACAUGUAAUAGCUGUGUGAUGAUUUGUAAAUUAAAAGAACUGUGGCUGAUCUCAACACUUGUGUUCACUCUGAUUAUCAGUUACUUGGGGUACUUUGGAUGCAUUAGAAACAAGAUAGGGGGUUAAUUUAUAUCUGUGCAAUAUAAAUUAUCACUGUAUGCUGUAAAUUAGCACUUAGAAAUUUGUUUUUUACUCUCACAUAAUAGUUAUCCUUCAGUUUGUAAUCCUGGUUGUGCAGAGUGAAUACAAUAAUCUGCUUGGGGAGCAUUGAGCAUUGGGGAGCAGAGUGUGACAGAAAGACUUCUAUGUUAAUCUUGUGUAUAUUGUGUGUAUAUAUUGCUUAUUUUUAUGAAUUAUGCUUUUACUGUUGAAUGAAGUCGGCAUGGUUUGAUUGCAUGAGUCGUGAAGUGGGAGAUAUUUUUCAUUAGAAGACGGCUGGGAUAUGUAGAUUAUGAUUUUCAUAGAUCAACUUUUUAAUUAAAGCACCAUGCCUGAUUAGACAUGUGACCCUGAACAUUCCCAGACCUGUUUUUGCACAGAUAGCUAUAUGGUUUUCAAAGACAUUUCCUUCAUUGAUUUUCAUUGAUUCAGAAUCAGAUGGAAUAAUGCGUGCUUUGAACAUGUAAAUCAAAAUACAGAUUCUGUAUUUGAAUUGACAAUGAAAUAAACAAUUGAUUUCAUAGUAUUA